CACCUCAAGAGCUCAGCUUACUCCUCCCGACUUCUCUCUAUAAACCCGCCUCCUCUCCGUACUCCUACAGAUCAAAAGACCCCCCUUUUUCUUCCUUUCCUUCCUCGUGAUCGGCCAUGGCGACCGCCGUCGCGUCCCAGGUGCCUGUCUCUGCGCCCGCCGGCUCGGAUUGCCGCGUGAGGAGUUCUGGGAUCCAGGUUACCAACAGUGUUAGCUUUGGCAGCAAAUCAUGGAUUGGUGCCGCAUUGGCGUGGGAGAGCAAGGCGGCACGACCGAGGCAUGUGAACAAGGUGCACUGCAUGUCAGUUCAGCAAGCGAGCAAAGGCAAAGUUGCUGUUAAGCCUCUUGAUUUGGAGAGUGCUAAGGAGCCGCCGCUCAACACAUUCAAACCAAAGGAGCCUUACACCGCUACAAUUGUCUCGGUUGAGAGGAUCGUAGGCCCCAAGGCGCCAGGAGAGACAUGCCACAUUGUCAUUGAUCAUGGUGGCAAUAUGCCUUACUGGGAGGGGCAAAGUUAUGGCAUUAUUCCUCCAGGGGAGAACCCGAAGAAGCCUGGUGCGCCACAUAAUGUCCGUCUUUAUUCAAUUGCAUCUACAAGGUAUGGAGAUUCAUUCGAUGGAAGGACCACUAGUUUGUGUGUGCGCCGUGCUGUUUAUUAUGAUCCUGAAACUGGCAAGGAGGACCCCUCAAAAAAUGGUGUCUGCAGUAACUUCCUAUGUAAUUCAAAACCAGGGGACAAGGUUCAAGUGACAGGUCCAUCAGGCAAAAUAAUGCUCCUGCCUGAGGAAGACCCAAAUGCGACUCAUAUCAUGAUAGCUACUGGCACAGGUGUUGCUCCAUACCGUGGCUACCUACGCCGUAUGUUUAUGGAAGAUGUUCCGAAGUACAAAUUUGGUGGCUUAGCCUGGCUCUUCCUGGGUGUGGCUAACACUGACAGCCUUCUCUAUGACGAAGAGUUCACAAGCUAUCUUAAGCAGUAUCCAGACAAUUUCAGGUAUGACAAAGCACUAAGCAGGGAGCAGAAAAACAAGAGCGGAGGCAAGAUGUAUGUUCAGGACAAGAUUGAGGAGUACAGUGAUGAGAUCUUCAAGCUUUUGGAUGGCGGCGCGCACAUCUACUUCUGUGGUUUGAAGGGGAUGAUGCCAGGGAUUCAGGAUACCCUCAAGAAAGUUGCUGAGCAGAGAGGGGAGAGCUGGGAGCAGAAGCUAUCUCAGCUCAAGAAGAACAAGCAAUGGCAUGUCGAGGUUUACUAGGAUCUGAUUGUUCUGGGAUUAUGACUGUCACGCAUGAUCUGAUGAUUCUUGUAGGGGUGGUGUAAAAUCAUCUUUUUCCUUUUCCUGAAUAUGAAUCAUAGCAUCACCCAUGUAAUUCAUAAGCUUCUGGCAUCACAUGGUGAACGAAAUGAAGCAUGGAACUUUUACCUGUUACGAAUCUUACGAUUGCAGCAGGAACCUUUGCUAUCGACCAUACCGUAAGGUAUUUUGUCUGAA